AUGAAGACGGUUGGAGUCAAAGCGGUUGAUGAUACGUUUAAGGUGAGUAUAGUUACCUUUUACUGCUUCAACAGCAACAUCAUUUAACGGUGAAUUUAUUCCGUAACAGAGCAAAGUCCACCAAGCAGGCCUGGGUACUAACUCAAAGCACGCUGCUCCAUUGAUAAGGCACUUACAAACACACUGACUCUGUGAAGUAAAAGCGUCUCGGGGCUUUCUCUCUUGGUUAUAAAGCGAAAAAAAUGCGAGAAAAUUUAAGAAAGGAAGCAGCGUAAAUGUUUCAGUAGAGCAAUUUCUGCUAAGAGUCAGAGAUAAUUUAAGUCAUUCAUUUGCUGUGUUUUUUGAUUGGCUGACAAACCUGGCACUAAAUUCUUAACCAAUCAGAAGUAAAAUCAAAACCAAUUGUGCCUUUCUAAUGGCGUGCAAUUUCCCGCUUUUGGCCGGCGUUGGCUAAAAGUAUUUGCUGUUAGAUCUGAUUUUUCCUUUAAAUUCUGGGAGAAUUGUAAUUGGCCAGAGUAAUUUUGUUUUGUGGAAUUCAUUUGAAAUCUGCUUCAAUCUUUUUUUCUGUUGUGUUUCUCCAAUUAGGUGGCUAUUCAACCUCUCAGGGAUGGCACAGAUCUAAGAGAAAAUGUCCAAGCGUCUCUUGGAAAUUUCAGGGUAAUUCUUUCCUUUUCAACUUGAUUGUAUUUGGCACCAUGUCCAUGAUAUUAUGACUUCGUUGCUUAUUCGAAUUUAUCCCUCACUAAAAAAGUGUUGUAGAUUUUCUUGGUGCAGAUCGUUAACAAAGGCAAGGGUAUACUAGGAAAUUGUCCUAACUACAUUAAACAGAAACGUUAUGUUUCAUUUUACUUAAAAUCGAGUAAUUUUCGCUCUUAAAUUUAAGGAUUUACAUUCUAACACAGCACUGCCUUCUUUCUCAAGGGGUGCGGCGCGUAUUCGAGUAUAUGCCGUUUCCCCAGAGACCAGUAGUAGCUCAAAUUUGCAGGAGAUUGCUUCAGACCAGAUCAGAGUUUGGUCGUCACGCAGCCAAAAUGAGAGGCUUUCCCAGUAACAUCUCAGUACCCUGUGUCAUUUUAUACUCUGUUUUGUUUUUUUGUAGGAAGUCUGUGGCGUAGCGCCCCGAUCAAACCUUAAGCAGUGUAUCAGACUCUUGGCUUCUCGACUGGACUUAACGUCAGAAUUCAUGGCUUUGGGCCUUGUUAUGAAAGAUGAGGUACCGUUCAAGACAUAUUCACUUCUUGUUAUAAAUAGGCCAGUUUGCAAUUAUCAAAAUUCAUAUACUUGGAGAAUAAUGGAACAGAAAUGAAUUCAGUUUAUCCCUAAAUCUCACUUCAAUGUCCUUUGUUAUUCCCCUCAGUCUCGAUAAGAGAAAAGGAGACCACGGUUAUGUUAUCUGUAAAACUAAAAAGUUGGUCAUUUCACGUGUUAAUUGACAGAAGACGACAGACAAAAUGUACCAAAAGUGUAAUGCACUUGCAGAGUUGUUGUUUUGCCAUCUAAACAUAGCUAUAGGUUUUGUUUUUGUCUGUUUGUUUGACGUUCCCCUUGCCCUAACUGUCGCAGUUUUUUAUGGGUCGGGUGAAACGCCGUGCUUCAUAUGCUCCGAAUUUACUCGAUUACAGUUUGGGUCGACCUGAAUUAUCAAGUUCGCCCGUUGGGUAAAACGGCCGAACAUUUAAAAAUCCAGAACUGGUCUUUUUGCUGAGCAGCUUUGUAAGACAAAUUAAAUUGAGUUCGGCUCAUUUAAAGAAAGGCGUUUGGCCCGAACGCUAAGUUCUCUAUUUACUUGUUUUUCCAAAGUUCAUCUUUUGUUUUACAGUAUCCUUUUUUUAAGGCACACGGAAGCUUACCAGAGAUGUUGAAAAAAGCCCUGACAGCGAUAGAGCAGGUGAAAAAAUUAACUUUCCUUUCCAGUUUUUUCAAUCCACUUUUUUUAAAUUUUUCACAAAUAUUGUUUCAACGCAACUAGGUCAAUGUUCUUGGUGGCUACUUUAGAACCCUCGUAUCUCAAUGAGAAGGUUACAGGUUACAAGCCCAGGGUGCGGGUCCAGGAUAAAACCUGAUCGUUAAUCGAUAAGCUGCACGCGCGUGCUUCGUACCGCGGCGUACCGCCGAAAUAUAGGUCCGUUACGCUUCAAGUGUGAAUCAUCCGGUGGAUAAUUACCUAAAUAUUGAAGAACCGGUUAAUCGUUGUCUGUAAAACGGUAAAAACUGGCCUGUAUCGGUGAGUGGGGCAUGCGUUACUGAAAUUCUUCGCUGGUAAAUCGCCGAAAGGGACAUGAAAACAAGGAAAUAAGCUAAACUACCCGCGAAUUUCACAAGAAUUAGCUGUUAUUUCUAAGUUAAGAAAAGUUAAGUAAACGUUUAUUCUUUUUUCAGGUAGUUCAAGAUUCCAAAGCAUUGAUCGAAAAUUGUGAUUCUGUACACGAAAGG